UUUUUUUUCUUGGCUGUACUUGCUCAUUAUUAUGCGCUCGUUCGACCUGCAGGCAGUGCGAAGGGCACGGUUUUCUUACAUUAUUUCAGCGAGCACGCUUGUUACCUUGUUUGUAAUUUUUCACCUAAAUUACUUUGUAGUCGAAAAUGAUAUUGUCAACGCCGUCGCAUCUACACCUUCAUUUUUCCCGGAGCGAUUAGAGCUAUCUCUAAAUCCCACGCCGCCUGUGGAGCUCGUUGUUGCGAGUACAAGCCAGCAGAAUACUUCUUGGUAUUCAAAAUUCUUUCCAGAUUGGGGAAGCAACAUUUUUACAGUGGAUGACCAAUUUUCCCCGUUGAAAAUACCGCGUAAUAAAGGUCAUGAAGCGAUGGUUUAUCUGACCUACAUCAUCGACCGUUACGAGAGCCUUCCGGAGAACAUCCUCUUUCUCCAUGCCGAAAGAUUCCAGUGGCAUAAUGACAAUCCUAACUACGAUGGAGUCUUAUUAUUGAGAAAUUUCCAAUUCCCUUAUCUACAACAAGAAGGGUAUGUGAACCUGCGUUGCGUUUGGACAUUGGGCUGCCCAGCAGCCAUACAUCCCUUAAAGGACGAGUUGGUCGAGGGAAAAGUUAAUAAGCAGGCCAUGGGGGCAGUUUUUCGACAGGCUUUCCAGGAGCUGCUGCCUGAACACCAAGUGCCUCCCGAUGUUGGCGUCAGUUGUUGUGCGCAGUUUGCAGUGACAAGGGAUACAAUCAGGCGAAGACCCCGUGACGAUUACUUGCGUUUCCGGGAGUGGUUGAUAAAAACCCCGUUUCCUGAUGAGUUGAGUGGGCGGUUCUUUGAGCACUCAUGGCAUAUUAUAUUUGGCAAGGAACCUGUGCAUUGCCCGUCGGCUCAGGAUUGCUAUUGCAAACUAUACGGAAUGUGCAAUCUUCAAGAUUGUACAGUUCGAGGUUGUAACAGUUAUUAUGUAUUACCACCUUACUCCACACUUCCAAAGGACUGGCCCCGAAUCGGCUGGGAGGGAGAGGAACGGCCUUAUAAUGAUAUUGCCCCCCCGUGAAGUAGUUACUUGGCAACAGACGCUUGCUUAACAUUUUUAACGGUAGAAGAGUUCUUCACGCCACAUGUGUGACGAAUAGCUACCUUUCGAAUAUCUAGGCAAUGAUCAUCCAAAUCGUGCCGCGCUGGAUGAGCACUUCCAGCGCUAUUUUCACAACCCCUCAUGAUACCUCAUCCCGGUUCAGUGAACGUGCUCAUAUCGUGAAUACCAGCUGACAUCGCACAUGGCUUUCUUUUAUAUCCUAGCUGACAGUGCUCUUUCGUUGAGGCGGUGGGAACAUAUGGCCAUCAAAAACGUGCAAGUUAGCGUAAUUGUCGUUUUUUCUCAUCAUCUAAAACUACAUAGUACGCAAAUUGCGACGGAAACAUAUAGAAAUAUAGAGAGGGCUAGUUGAAUUUAUUCAAGCACAAUUAUAUCGAAGCCUAAUACCUU